CUUCUUAAACGGUUUAUAAUUAAUAUUGUAGAGGCUCUAAUCUACGAUAUUAAAAAUAUACUCGAUAAAGGCCUAGUAGCGGCCCUAAUAACUAUAAAUAUUAAGGGCGCCUUCAAUAUAGUCCUAAUUAAUAGGCUGGUUUUAUAUUUAUACGAAUAG